ACACUGUAUACCUACCCAGAGAAUUGGAGGGCUUUCAAAGCCUUAAUUGCAGCUCAGUACAGUGGAGCGAAGAUUACAGUCCAUUGCACACCACCUGAAUUUCACUUUGGACAGACCAAUAAGACCCCAGAAUUCCUGAAGAAGUUUCCUCUAGGAAAGGUUCCAGCCUUUGAAGGAGAUGAUGGAUUUCUUGUAUUUGAGAGCAAUGCAAUUGCCUACUAUGUCAGCAAUGAUGCUUUACGUGGCGUCUCCAAGGAAUCAGCUGCCCAGGUCAUUCAGUGGAUGAACUUUGCCGACAGUGAAAUCAUCCCUCCUGCCAGUACCUGGGUUUUUCCCACCCUUGGUAUCAUGCAGUACAACAAGCAGGCAACUGAACAUGCCAAAGAUGAUGUGAAGAAAGUCCUGAGUAUACUGAAUGAGCAUCUAAUGACUCGCACUUUCCUGGUUGGGGAUCGCAUCAGCCUGGCUGACGUUACAGUUGUCUGCUCAUUACUGUGGAUUUUUAAACAGGUUUUGGAACCAAGUUUCCGUCAGCCCUAUGUCAACGUCAUCAGAUGGUUCACCACUUGUGUUAACCAGCCUCAGUUUAAGGCUGUCCUCGGUGAGGUGAAGCUAUGUGAAAAGAUGGCUCAGUUUGAUGCCAAGAAGUUUGCAGAGAUGCAACCCAAGAAGGAAGCCCCAAAGAAAGAGAAGCCUCCAAAGGAGCAAAAGACACCAAAAGAAGCCAAGCCACCAAAAGAGCAGAAACCAAAAUCUGCUUCUGAAGAUGAGGAGAUGGAUGAAUGUGAAAAAGCACUUAAUGCAGAGCCCAAGUCUAAGGACCCUUUUGCACACCUACCCAAAAGUGCAUUUAUUAUGGAUGAAUUCAAAAGGAAGUACUCAAAUGAAGACACACUAACUGUUGCUCUGCCCCACUUUUGGGAACAUUUUGAUAAGGAAGGCUGGUCAAUCUGGUAUUCUGAGUACAAAUACCCAGAAGAUCUUACUCAGACUUUUAUGAGCUGCAAUUUAAUAACAGGCAUGUUCCAGCGCUUGGAUAAACUACGGAAGAAUGCAUUUGCCAGCGUUAUCUUGUUUGGCUCGAACAAUGAUAGUACUAUCUCAGGAAUUUGGGUCUUCCGGGGUCAUGACCUUGCUUUCACGCUAAGUGAAGACUGGCAGAUUGACUAUGAAUCCUACAGCUGGCGCAAACUGGAUCCAGACAGUGAAGAGUGCAAGACACUAGUGAAAGAAUAUUUCACGUGGGAAGGUGAAUUCAAACAAGUUGGCAAACCUUUUAACCAAGGAAAAAUCUUCAAAUAGACAUGACAUCAACUGCCGGCAGGCCUAUCUGAGGGUCAAGGCUUUUGGAAGCAUGAACUUGGCAUUGCUAUCUAAAGACCUUUCACUGUACAGGCAUUGCAUUCUUGGGCAUUUAUGAACUGUUCAUGACAAGACCGCUACAUGUGAACUUGCUCAAGCUAAUAAAAGCGUGAAAAUAAA